AUGAUCGAUAAAGCGGAUACCAAAGCCUUAUUUCGACUACAUUUUAUUGCCUGGCGUAUUUUGGGUAUGUCACCUCCGGAAAAAUAUCGCCAACUAUAUUGGCUAUAUUCGUUGGUGUUGAACACCCUCGUUACCGUUGCUUAUCCCUUGCACUUGAUGAUUGGCCUAUUAACUAGUUCCACCUUAUACGAGAUUAUACAAAAUGUUGCUAUAAACUUCACAGCCGGUGUUUGUGCCAUGAAAACGAUUGCCAUUUGGUGGCGUUUCAAACAGGUCGAUGUUAUGUUUGAAAUAAUUCAGAGACAGGAUCAACGUUUUACCAGCCACGAAGAGAUUGCAUAUCUUCGAAAAGAAGUAUAUCCUCCGGUUAGGCGUAUAAUUUUACUAUUUACCAUAUUGUGUACAUUUAUUGGAAUUUCGGGAGAAUCAGCAGUGGUGGUAACUGGCCUAUUGGGUAAUUGGAAUUUAAUGUACAAGGCCUAUUUCCCGUUCGAUGUGUUUGCCAGUACGAAAAAUUACAUCAUCGCCCAUUUGUAUCAAUUCAUUGGCAUUUCCUAUUUGAUAUUACAAAAUGUGGUCAAUGACACUUUUGGGGCCUCCCAUCUCUGUCUGCUACGAAGUCUAGUGCGUAUGUUAAAUAUUCGUGUCACGAAAAUUGGCCACGAUUCCGAGAAGAGUUUGGCCGAAAAUAAUUUAGAGCUUGUGGAGUGUAUAAAGGUGCAUAAAGACCUAUUGGAAUAUCGCCGCCAAUUGGAAGAAAUCAUUUCGGUAUAUAUGUUCUUUCAAAUAUUAAUUGCCGCUCUGAAUAUGUGUGUCGUGUUGGUUUUUAUUAUUCUCUUUGUGAGGGACAUCUUCACAUUGGCCUAUUAUGUCUCCUAUUUGACAUCGAUGAUUUUCGAAAUUUUGCCCAGUUGUUAUUAUGGCACGUUGUUGGAAGAUGAAUUUGAAGAUUUAGCCUAUGCUUUGUUCUCGUGUAAUUGGUCAGAUCAAAAUAAGGAAUUUAAGAAGAAUCUUCGUAUUGUUGCGGAGCAAGCUAAGCGUCGGAUUUAUGUUACAGCCUGGUUAUUUCGCAUCAAUAAUAAUGCAUUUAUUAUUGCUUGUAAAAAUGCCUACACUCUAUUCGCAUUGGUCAUGAACAUGAAGUAA